AUGUUCACUUUUACACCCUUGCUUGGGGCGCAAUCCUCGGGCUCCAGGGCCUCACAGUCCAUCCUUGAGCUCGAUGGCGGUGUCAAGAUAUUAGUUGAUGUCGGAUGGGAUGAAUCAUUUGAUACGUCUGCGCUUAAAGAGCUAGAGAGGCAUAUUCCUACACUCUCCCUUAUUCUCCUAACUCAUGCAACCCCAUCUCACCUUGGAGCCUUUGUGCACUGCUCAUUUGGUAGAACGUACCUCCAAAAUCUUUAUGCCUCAGCUCCGUUAGCUGCUACGUUUUUACCCAGCACGUCCGUUACAGCGUCUGAUGGGAGCUCCGGCCUUGCGAUCCCGUCAACUACUCCUACAUCUCAAGGCCUUUCAGGGCCCGAUAAUACUGGAUCAGGGCGCAUUCUUUUACCACCUCCCUCGAAUGAAGAUAUUGCCCGCUACUUCUCCCUUAUACAUCCUUUAAAGUAUUCACAGCCUCUUCAGCCUUUACCAUCGCCCUUUUCUCCGCCCUUGAACGGUCUUACUAUAACUGCCUAUAAUGCUGGUCACACUGUGGGUGGAACUAUAUGGCACAUCCAACAUGGCAUGGAGUCGAUUGUUUAUGCAGUUGACUGGAGCCAAGCAAGAGAAAAUGUUAUUGCCGGUGCAGCCUGGUUCGGAAGCUCCGGCGGAAGCGGGACAGAAGUCAUCGAACAGCUUCGAAAGCCUACAGCCCUUAUAUGUAGCGCAAGCGGAGGAGAUAAGUUUGCUCUUCCCGGUGGGAGAAAGAAGCGAGAUGGGUUACUUCUUGACAUGAUUCGGAGCUGUGUUGCAAAAGGAGGUACCGUACUUCUGCCAACUGACAGUAGCGCGCGAGUUCUAGAAAUUGCGUAUGUUCUAGAGCAUGCAUGGCGAGAGGCCGCUGACUCUGGGGAUUCGAACGAAGUCCUUAAAAACGCACCUUUAUACCUAGCCGGGAAAAAGGCACAUGGUACCAUGAGACUAGCGCGAAGCAUGCUUGAAUGGAUGGACGAGAAUAUUGUCCGGGAAUUCGAGGGCAACGACGGCGUCGAGGUUGGUGCUGGUAAAUCAGGUGGUGGAGCUGCAAAUCAACCGUCAAAAAGUGCGCAGGGCCAGAAAAGCCUUGGGCCGUUUACAUUUAAACAUCUGAACCUCGUGGAGCAUAAAGCUAAGCUUGACAGCAUUCUCGAUUCGAAAGGACCAAAGGUGAUUCUUUCGCCAGACGCCUCUCUAGAAUGGGGCCUUUCCAGGCAUGUCCUCAGGCAAAUUGCAGCAGGAUCUGAUAAUUUAAUUAUCAUGACAGAACCUCUAAACUUCCCUGCUGAAGAACAACAAGAUUCUAAUAGUGCAUACGAAAAUAUCUUGGGCUCUAAGAUUUGGAAGCUCUAUGAGGAAAGAAAAGAUGGUGUUGCGCUCGAAAAGUCUACGAGUGGAGAGCUCCUUGAACAGGUUCAUAGCGGAGGAAAGGAGUUUACCCUCACUGACGUGCAGAGAUCCUCGUUAGACUCAGAUGAGCUACUCAUAUACCAACAGUACUUGGCAACGCAGAAUCAACUUCAAAACACGGCCCAAGCGAGAGGCAAUACAAAUCUAGAGAAUUCCGCCGAUGCCAUGGACGACGCGUCCAGUUCAUCUGAAUCCGAAGAUUCAGAAUCCGAGCAACAGGGGAAAGUGCUAAACUUCUCUGUUUCCCUCCCUCACUCCAACAAACGCAAGAUGGGCCUCAGCGACGCUGACUUGGGGGUGAACAUUCUUCUACGCAAAAGGGGAGUGCACGACUAUGAUGUUCGUGGGAAAAAGGGGCGAGAAAGAAUGUUCCCCUAUGUGGCAUCAAAGAAAAGAGGCGAUCAAUAUGGAGAAUUCAUUCGACCUGAAGAAUAUCUAAGGGCAGAAGAGCGAGAAGAAGCCCAAAUGCAAGACCAGCGUGGUUCCCCUGGAAACAUCCAAACGACUCCUGGCCAAAAGCGGCGCUGGGACAAGGCUAACUCUGCGGCCACUCAUGGCUCCAAUAAGAGACGUCAAAUCUCGCAACCUUCAGAUAAUAACUACAUAGCCAGCGACGAGCCAUCUCCACCUGGUGACCUGGUUAACAGCGAUGCUGAGAAUGAGAAUGCUGAGGCUUCGGAGGAAGAUACCGAGGGCCAGGCUCUUGCUGAAGGGCCAUCAAAAGCAACCAUUGUGUAUUCGUCUCUCUCAUUGAAUGCACGACUGGCAUUUGUGGAUUUCGCUGGUUUGCACGAUAAACGGAGCUUGGAGAUGCUAAUUCCCCUUAUUCAGCCCCGCAACCUCAUUUUGAUAGGCGGCACAAAGAACGAGACUAUGGCACUUGCCGCGGAAUGCAGGAACUUGUUAGCUGCGAAUCGGGGAGCCAGUACUACGUCAACAACAAAGCUUGGUGUUGACGUAUUUACUCCUUCGAUAGGAGACUCGAUUGAUGCCAGCGUUGACACGAAUGCUUGGAUGGUUAGAUUAAGCCGACCGUUGGUGCGACGGUUAAAGUGGCAGAAUGUCAGUAACCUGGGCGUUGUCGCGCUCGUGGGGAAUUUGCAAUCUUCGCAAGCUAUAUCAUUGCAGGAGGAGGUUUUGGAGCAGUCUAAAAGCAAAGGCAAAGGAGAGGCAUGGAAAGCAACCGGUCCUGUUGAGAGUCAAGCCAACCAGUCUCUUAUCAAAAAUGAAAAGAUCCCAGUCCUUGAUAUCCUACCUGCCAGCCUUGUUGCUGCGACAAGGUCAGUGACAAAGCCGCUGCAUGUUGGCGAUCUCCGUUUAUCUGAUCUCCGCAAGCUUAUGCAGUCUUCUGGGCAUUCCGCAGAGUUCAGAGGUGAAGGCACGCUGCUUGUUGAUGGCUUUGUUGCAGUGAGAAAGGCCGGUGCAGGCAAGAUAGAGGUUGAAGGCGCAGCCCGGCCGUCACCGAGCAACCCAACCACUUUAAAACAAAGUACCGGAAGCUUCCUUGCUGUAAAACAGAAGAUAUACGAGAGCCUCGCAGUUGUUUCUGGGCAUAGUGGUUGA